AUGUAUAUCCUUGUUAGCAAUGAAAACUACGUCAUUUUGGGCAAUGCGACCUUCAAGUUAUGCAUUGCUUUCGUUACUGAAUCCAUUGCUCAAAUAACCUUCACUAAAGACAAGCCGUUUAAAUCCAGCCAUAGUUUGAUUGUUACUAAUCAGCAUUUUUUUACUGAUUACAAUUUCUCAGAGACUGCCUUGAAUUUCAUUAUCGAAACAACCGCUCUGAAGCUUGUUGUAAGUAAGGAAUACGGCGCAAUUUCUUACUUUGAUCAAAAUGGUAAGCGGCUACUACAAGAACCUGAACGUGGUGGCAAAUGGUUAACAGGAAAAACAGUUUACAAUAGUGUCGUCAAGAACAGCGCUCGGAGUGCUUCCAAUAAUAAUAUUGAUGCUAAGCGUUGCUCAAUAAUGAGCCGUGAUGUCUUCGAAGCCAAACUAGAGUUAGUAUUUGACGAAAAUGAAGCCAUUUUUGGUUUUGGUUCACAUGAGGAAGGCUACGGUAAUAUGCGUGGCAAACGGUGCCAACUCUACCAGCACAGCAGAAAGAUUGCCAUUCCUUAUUUUGUCUCUACUCUAGGAUACGGUGUGUUGCUUGACUGUUGCUCACUGAUAACUUUCCAUGAUGAUGCUUUGGGUUCCUAUUUAUGGGCUGAUGUAGUGGAUGAACUUGAUUUUUAUUUCAUUUAUGGUGGCAAAUUUGAUAGCGUCACUCGUGGUUACCAUGAACUUACUGGGCGCGUCCCCCUCUUCCCAAAAUGGGCAUUCGGCUAUAUACAAUCGAAGGAACGCUAUAUUAACGCCAAAGAAAUUGUAGAUGUUGUCGAUGAAUAUCGUCGUCGAGGAAUCCCACUUGACCUGAUUGCUCUUGACUGGCGUUCAUGGUCUAGUGGUAAUGGUUGGGGUCAGAAAUCUCGGGAUCCCACUCGCUUUCCUGAUCCAACUUCCUUUCUGAAUGCGUUGCAUAAAAGAAAUGUGCAUCUAAUGGUUUCAGUUUGGCCUAGUAUGUCUGAUGGCUGUGCUAAUCAUUGUGAAAUGAAAAAAGGUCAUUUUCUGCUCGAUGAUAAUAGCACUUACAAUGCCUUUGUGUCCGAAGCCCGUGCUUGCUACUGGAGCCAGACUAACACAGGCCUUUUCUGUGACGAUUUUAGAUAG